AUGCUGUACAACAAGGAUGGAAGACCAACAGAAUUGUUUGUAGAAGAAGAAUCAGAAGUUGAUAAGGACGAAAUUGGACCAGACAUUAUGAGGGAGGAAGUACUAAAAGCAAUUGAAGAGCUAAAAACAGGAAAGGCAGAAGGAACAGACAGUAUACCGGCGGAAAUGUUGAAGAUCUUAAAGGACACUACAUUGAAUGAGGUAGUGAUACUGUGUCAGCAGAUGUAUUUAGAAGGUAAAUGGCCGGAGGACUUUGUUAAAUGCGUGAUUGUACCGUUAAAGAUAAAAACAGCUGCUAAGAAAUGUGAGGACCACAGGACGAUUAACUUAAUAUCGCAUGCAUCCCAGAUUAUGCUCAAGAUUCUGUCAAGAAGAUCGGAGAACAAAAAAACAGACGCAAUUGGACAAGAUCAAUUUGGUUUUAUAAUAGACGUGGAACAAGAGAAGCGAUAG